AUGAACAAGUCUUUGAAUGAAAAACUAAUCAAUUUCAUCAAUGACAUUGCUGAAAAUGUAUUCAUAGUUCAAUUCGUGAUUUCUACAAUUGGAUUAGUUAUGAACGUUCCACAUCUUCUUAUCUUACUUCAUAAUUCUAUGAGAACAUCUUCUACUAAUUCUAUAAUGAUUGGGAUGGCAAUAUGUGAUUUGAUAGUUUUGUCUGAAAAUGUUUACGAAAGAGUUCAAGGAUACUGGUUCUUUGGUUCUCAGAAUCCAUGCAUCAAUGACUCUAAAUUUUGGUACAUGUAUUCAUUGCUUAUUGGAGACUUUCUUCAGACCGUUUUCGAAAGAGCGUCUUACUGGCUUGGAGUUUCCUUAGCGUUUACCAGAUUAGUUAUCAUGAAAAUGUCUGGAACUACGUUGGAAAUAUCUAAACCCUUGUUUGGCUACCUUCUGAUACUCGCACUUGUCGGCUUAAGCUCUGUGCUUAGUGCAUAUUAUUAUUGCGGAUACAGUAUUGCUCAAUGGGGUACUUGGGAACCAGAAAAGAAGUGCACUGGAUAUCAUGCUAAUUAUUCGGAACCAACAUAUUAUCGUAAUUUUGCGGACAACGAAAAUGUGUCGAAAGUUGGCAGACGGUACCAAGUGAUCGAUGGUGUUUCUCGGAUUCUUGUCAGUAUUUCUUAUCCUAUUCUGACAAUAUUGCUGAUUUUCGAAAUACGAAAAUCCGCAAAGUUCGCUUCAAAAGCAUUGAACAGUAAGAGUUCCGAAGAAAGGUGGAAUUUAUAG